UCCUGAAUCUCUCAGGGUAUUUCUCUUCAAGCUGGUGCUGUUGUGUCCAGGGCAGUACAAUAUGGCACCGGAAGUAAGCAUUGUGUUGCCACUUGGAGGCGCUCAGUUUGUUGUGCCGGGUUUGCUAGCAUUUAGACCAGAUGUUUCCAAGCUUGUUUGACCUACUGGCCCCUUUUCCGAAAAAUAAUUACUCAGCGCCCUCCCGGCAAUGAAAGCCCUUAAUCCAGGGCAGAGUGUGGUUUUGCAGACCCUGGAUCGUUCCAGCGAUCCCUAGGGAAGCUCCAAUUUAGUCAGGCGUGAUGGUGCAUUUAUUCAUUACCUCAGACUAACUACCUCACUUGCUUUCGAUUUCUGUUCAUCACGACGCCGUGGGACGGAGUAGAACUCUCCAUCGGGUUUCCUGGGCUGCCAUCGUGCCUGGCACAGACCACCAGGUCUUCCUCCGGCUCCAAUUGCCAAGCUUUCCGUGGAGAGUGGCGUGCUUAAUGCUGUGCACCACCAGACCCCCUCUCCAGUGGGUUGGAGAGCUCCAGACACGAGCAGGAGCGAUGAACCAUCCUGCCCCGGACACUGGCUCCCGAGGCGCUCAUGAAGAUGGGAAACUUUACGUUGUGGACUCCAUCAACGAUCUGAACAAACUCAACCUCUGUCCUGCCGGAUCGAGGCGUCUGUUCCCUUUAGAGGAGAAAAUCCCAGCACACAGCACGAACUCAGGCAAUGGAAACCAACGCCUGUUCUUUGUGGGCCUGCUAAUCGUGCUGAUGGUCAGCCUGGCCCUGGUUUUCUUUGUGCUAUUUCUAAUAAUUCAAACCAGAAGCAAGAUGGACGAUGUGUCGAGAAGAUUGACAGCCGAAGGAAAGGACAUAGAUGAACUUAAGAAAAUCAACAGCCUGAUCGUCAGGCGCCUCACUCAGCUGGAAUCUGAACAGAACUAGGGACCCCGUCUUCUACCGCUAACGCCUCAAGCUUCUCCUCCUGUUCGUGAGAGCCUAAGACCUUGAGCUGGCGGCGGGCAAUCUGCUUCUGGGGCCUUCUUCCUGCUGUAGGAGUGGGAGUUACUUCAAGUAUGGGGGGUUGGGGGGAGCAACCAGAAAGGGGAAACUUGUUCCAGUCUCUUAAAGGUAGGGCCUUUCAGCUUUAAUGGGGUUAAGUUUGGCUGGCAAGGAGGAGAAUUGAUAAUAAGCGAACAUAAGAAAACAUAGCAUUCAGCUAAUGCGAACACCUCCUCUUGUAAAAGGAACUUUGUCACUAGAACAGGUUUACUGUGCUGUUCAGCUGCAUGAUGCCUUGUAUAUUUUUGCCAAUUCCUGCACAAAUUUUAUUCUUUAAUGAUACUCAGUUCAAGGGACUCUGAUGAGCUCUCUCUUCAAUAAAACAGUUUCUGCAU